AUGUCCGGCAAACGUCACUCGAUUCUCCCGGCCAUCGACCGCAGCGGCCCGAAACCGCCUGUCAACUUCUCGUCAACGCUCACUAUAUCCGACAAUGCCAUCCUGCAGGGCACGCACUCGAUUACGAUGCAGUCGGAGACAGUGGUCCAUCCGCGGUCCAAGUUCGAGUCCAAUAUCGGAAGCAUCCUCAUUGGGCGCCGUUGCAUCAUACACGAACGCGCACAUGUUGGAGCACGACCGCAGGACCUCGACAACGCGAAGCCAGGAGGCGUAGCUUUGGGUGACUACGUGAUCAUAGAGGUUGGCACCAUUAUCGAAUCUGGAAACACAGAAAUUGGUGAGGGCACGACGGUACAAGUAGGGAGUCGUAUCGGCAGCGGUGCCAAGGUGGGCAAGCAUUGCACAAUAUCGAGCAUGUCAGUGAUACCCCCGGGUGAGGUUAUACCCGACUGUACGACCGUCUACUCGAACGGACUACGGCGAACAGACAAGCGUGGCGUUGGCGAACUGCGGAAGCUCGGCAUUGUGAAGCAGAUCGCUGUUUUGCGAAAGAUGAUACCCAGCAACCCGGACAAGUUCAAGUGA